GAACGCCAACCGAUUUCAAAUGUAAUCCGAGUUUCAAAAAUAAAAAGUCAUUGUUAGUUACAUAUACCUUACUUAACAAAGCUGUGUGUAUAUAUAUCCCUCCAUUAUCCAACGAUCUUCUAACACCACAGAAACUUCCUAAAGACACUUCCCAACGUUGUUGUUGUUUGGUUCUGAAAAUUCUCUGACUCCGUCGUUGCUUUAGUCCAUCCGUUUUCUGCAACUCAGUCUUUGGAUUUUCUAGAUCUAAGAACUGCAUGAUAACUUGGAAGCUUUACUCGUUGGAUCUGAUGCGUGAGGCUCUUGUGCUGAAAUUCUGCCUUAUUAUAUUAGCAGGAGCUUUGAUAUAUCAGAAUGAAGGCGCUUAUUCUUGUUGGAGGGUUCGGUACUCGGUUGAGGCCAUUGACGCUCAGUGUCCCAAAGCCAUUAGUUGAAUUUGCCAACAAACCCAUGAUUUUGCAUCAGAUUGAGGCUCUCAAGGCAGUCGGAGUAACUGAAGUUGUACUGGCUAUUAAUUACCAACCUGAGGUAAUGCUCAACUUCUUGAAAGAAUUCGAGGCAAACCUUGAAAUCAAGAUCACCUGUUCUCAAGAAACUGAACCACUUGGCACUGCAGGUCCCCUUGCUUUGGCUAGAGAUAAGCUGAUUGAUGACUCUGGUGAACCUUUUUUUGUUCUUAAUAGUGAUGUUAUCAGUGAAUAUCCUUUCAAGGAGAUGAUUGCUUUCCACAAAUCCCAUGGAGGUGAGGCUUCCUUGAUGGUGACCAAGGUGGAUGAGCCUUCUAAAUAUGGUGUUGUCGUCAUGGAAGAAUCGACAGGGCAAGUAGAGAGAUUUGUAGAGAAGCCAAAGUUAUUUGUUGGCAACAAGAUCAAUGCUGGAUUUUACCUGCUGAAUCCUUCUGUCCUAGAUAGAAUUCAAUUACGGCCAACAUCAAUCGAGAAAGAGGUUUUCCCAAAAAUUGCAGCAGAGGAAAAACUAUAUGCUAUGGUCUUACCAGGAUUUUGGAUGGACAUUGGUCAGCCAAGAGAUUACAUUGCUGGCCUCAGACUCUACCUGGAUUCUUUAAAGAAGAAUUCUUCACCUAAAUUGGCUUCAGGAUCUCACAUUGUUGGAAAUGUCAUAGUGGAUGAGUCUGCCAAGAUUGGAGAGGGUUGUUUGAUAGGACCAGAUGUUGCAAUUGGUUCUGGUUGUGUUAUUGAGUCUGGAGUUAGACUCUCCCGCUGCACCGUGAUGCGAGGAGUCCGCAUCAAGAAACAUGCCUGCAUCUCAAGUAGCAUCAUUGGCUGGCAUUCUACGGUUGGACAAUGGGCUCGUGUAGAGAACAUGACCAUUCUUGGAGAAGAUGUCCAUGUCUGUGAUGAAAUUUACAGCAACGGAGGUGUAGUUUUGCCCCACAAGGAGAUCAAAUCUAGCAUAUUGAAACCUGAAAUAGUUAUGUGAGGAUAUGAUUGUUAGCACUAGUGAGAUAUUAUGUAUUUGUUGAAUUUGACAAGAUUAAUGUUAACCAGUGUAAACAUUUGAAGCCUCCUUUUAGGAAGAAAUUGGCAGAUGCAUUUUUCAUGCAUUUACAUUGCAUGAUCACACUUAAUAUGAUAUCAUGCAUGACAUUAUUAAGACCA